AUGCCGACUAUGCGCGCAAUCGCCGUCAAGGGCGGCAAGGGCCCCGCAACGAACCUCUAUGUUGAUAAGAUCGAGAAGCCAGUCCCUGCUGCGGGCCAGGCGCUUGUUAAAAUCAAGGCUUUCGGGCUGAAUCGCAUGGAUAUCCUCCAGCGGGAGGGGAUGUAUCCGGUUCCUCCGCAGGCGCCGGAGACCAUUGGAGUGGAGUUCUCUGGUACGAUUGAGAGCCUUGGAGAACAGACGAAUGGAGGGUUCAAGGCGGGCGAUGAAGUGUUUGGACUUGCUUACGGAGGUGCCUACGCCGAAUACAUUGUCGUCUCGACCAAGAUGCUUAUUCAUAAACCGGAGCAUCUGUCUUGGGAAGAAGCUGCGGGAAUUCCAGAGACAUGGAUCACAGCCUCACAGGCGCUAUUUGUGAUUGGCGAUUUCCAAGCUGGCCAGUCUGUGCUAUGGCACGCGGGUGCAUCCUCGGUUUCUCUCUCUGGAAUCCAGCUUGCGAAGGCGCACGGGGCGAAGGCGAUCUACGCGACCGUCGGCUCGCAGGAGAAGAUUGACUUUCUGGAGCAGAAGCUCGGCGUGACCAAGGCAUUCAAUUAUAAGACGCAGGACUGGGCGGCUGAGAUCCAAAAAGCGACGGGCGGCGCCGGCGUGAAUUUGACGGUGGACUUCGUGGGCGCAACAUACUUCCAAGGGAACCUGGACGUCGCGGCCAAGGACGGGCGAGUGGUGUUGCUAGGAUUGAUGGGUGGGGUCAAGCUCCCUGACGGUGUGAACAUUGCGCCGCUCCUGAUGAAGCGGAUUCGGCUCGAGGGGAGCACACUGCGCAGCCGCGACGAGGAUUACCAGGCCAAGCUGCGUGACACACUCGUAUCGCAGGCGCUGCCACGAUUCGCGGACGGGACUUUCAAGGUGUUCGUGGAGAAGGUUUUCCCAUUCGACGAAAUCGUGCAAGCGCAUCAGCUGCUGGAAAGCAACACGACCAAGGGGAAGAUCAUCUGCGUUAUCGAGUAA